AUGAAUAAAUGUAAUUCAAUAUUUUCUCUAAAAAGCGAAUUCCUUGAUAAACAUUUUUUUUAUUUAUUUUGGAAGAAUAAUUUUCAUACCAGUCCAUUAUGUAAAAAUCGAAAAAGUUCAACAUUUUUAAUAAAUUUAAAUAAUAAAAAUAUAGCGGUGUGUGAGCAAAAUGAAAAAAAUAAUGAUAAUCCUGAAAACAACACAUUAAGCGAAGAAAUAAAAAGGGAAACAAAUUUCAUCCAACAUGUUUUUAAAUGGGGAAUAGGAAAUAAAUUUCGCUCGGAUCCAGAAAAUAGGUUUCACCCUGUUCAUCAUCUUCGUCCGAAAGAAGUGACAAUUAAAAAGACCUACUUUGAUUCAACUAAUGAAAACAUAAAGUAUGAAGAUUUAAAUGAACAAUGGGAAGUGUUUUGGUUUGAAAACAACAAAUUAAAUGCGAAACCAUUCCCAAUUAAAAAAUAUGGAAUAGAAGCAGCCAAAAAGGAAGCAUUUAAAUUUUAUGAAACGUUACAAUCACAAAAUCGUAUAAACCCCAAACCGAAGCAUGAGUCAGGGGUAGAAGGAGUUUACUACGACGUUGUAACGAAUUGUUGGAUUGCCUUAUAUCGAUCAAAUAAUUUUCCCGUGUGUAAAUCCUUUUCAGCUGAAUAUCACGGGUUUGAGAUGGCCAAACAAAUGGCAAUAGAUCGUGUUAAUAAAUAUAAAAGAUAA